CAGCGGGCUGCAAAUACGAGGGCAGGGGAAGCAGCAGGGAGAUCUCUCCGCCUGCACCACGCCUUCGCCUUGCAAGGGGGCGCAUCCAGCCUUGCAGCCUCCCAGGGCCCAACCCACAGCCAGCGAGCUCCGAUGCUCAGAGAGGCAGGAAACGGGGCCAGCCAGGGGGACUCGAGAGCGGCUGCACCUUCCUGUCCCCCCGCCGAGGAGAGCGGAGGAGCAGCGGCCAGUGGCCUGGCGAGUUUCCCCGGAGAGGAGCCGGAUUCCGGUGCAGGGACGGAGCGAGGAGUCAGAGGGCGGUGUAAAAAUGGAAGAGCAGGGGCCAAGAAGACCCAUUCAAAGGGUCAGGAAGAUGAUAGUCAGAAUUCAGCGAAGCCACCUGUGAAUUCAGUGGGAAGAACAAAAAAACGGUUUAAAUGCAUGGAAUGUGGAAUACGCUUUUGUCACAGGGGAAGACUGAGGAUACACCAAAGAACUCACACGAGGGAGAAACCAUUUAAAUGUAUUGAAUGUGGAAAGAGCUUCAGUCAAAAUGUAAACCUUAAACUACAUCAACGAACUCACACAGGGAAGAAACCAUUUAAAUGUAUUGAAUGUGGAAAGAGCUUCAGUGGAAGUCGAGAUCUUAGAACACACCAACGAACUCACACGGGGGAGAAACCAUUUAAAUGUAUUGAAUGUGGAAAGAGCUUCAGUGGAAGUGGAGCACUUAGAACACACCAACGAACUCACACGGGGGAGAAACCAUUUAAAUGUAUUGAAUGUGGAAAGAGCUUCAGUGGAAGUCGAGAUCUUAGAACACACCAACGAACUCACACGGGGGAAAAACCAUUUAAAUGUAUUGAAUGUGGAAAGAGCUUCAGUCAAAAUGGAAAUCUUAAACGACAUCAACGAACUCACACAGGGAAGAAACCAUUUAAAUGUAUUGAAUGUGGAAAGAGUUUCCGUGGAAGUGGAUCACUUAGAAUACAUCAACGAACUCACACGGGGGAGAAACCAUUUAAAUGUAUUGAAUGUGGAAAGAGCUUCAGUGGAAGUGGAGACCUUAGAACACACCAACGAAUUCACACGGGGGAGAAACCAUUUAAAUGUAUUGAAUGUGGAAACAGCUUCAGUGGAAGUGGAUACCUUAGAAUACACCAACGAACUCACACGGGGGAGAAACCAUUUAAAUGUAUCAAAUGUGGAAAGAGCUUCAGUCAAAAUGCACACCUUAGAAUACAUCAACGAACUCACACAGGGGAGAAACCAUUUAAAUGUAUUGAAUGUGGAAAGAGCUUCAGUGAAAGUGGAGCACUUAGAACACACCAACGAACUCACACAGGGGAGAAACCAUUUAAAUGUAUUGAAUGUGGAAAGAGCUUCAGUGAAAGUGGAAAACUUAAAGUACACCAGCGAAUUCAUACAGGAGACAAACCAUUUAAAUGUAUGAAAUGUGGAAAGAGCUUCAGUGGAAGUGGAGCACUUAGAACACAUCAACGAACUCACACGGGGGAGAAACCAUUUCAAUGUAUUGAAUGUGGAAAGAGCUUCAGUGGAAGUGGAGACCUUAGAAGACACCAACGAACUCACACCGGGGAGAAACCAUUUAAAUGUAAUGAAUGUGGCAAGAGCUUCAGUGGAAGUGGAGACCUUAGAAGACACCAACGAACUCACACGGGGGAGAAACCAUUUAAAUGUAAUGAAUGCGGAAAGAGCUUCAGUAAAAGUGGAAACCUUAAACUACAUCAACGAACUCACACGGGGGAUAAACCAUUUAAAUGUAUGGAAUGUGGAAAGAGCUUCAGUGGAAGUGGAGCACUUAGAACACAUCAACGAACUCACACGGGGGAGAAACCAUUUCAAUGUAUUGAAUGUGGAAAGAGCUUCAGUGGAAGUGGAGACCUUAGAAGACACCAACGAACUCACACCGGGGAGAAACCAUUUAAAUGUAAUGAAUGUGGCAAGAGCUUCAGUGGAAGUGGAGACCUUAGAAGACACCAACGAACUCACACGGGGGAGAAACCAUUUAAAUGUAAUGAAUGCGGAAAGAGCUUCAGUAAAAGUGGAAACCUUAAACUACAUCAACGAACUCACACGGGGGAGAAACCAUUUAAAUGUAAUGAAUGCGGAAAGAGCUUCAGUAAAAGUGGAAACCUUAAACUACAUCAACGAACUCACACGGGGGAUAAACCAUUUAAAUGUAUGGAAUGUGGAAAGAGCUUCAGUGAUAAUGGAAAUCUUAGAAUACAUCAACGAACUCACACGAGGGAGAAACCAUUUAAAUGUAUUGAAUGUGGAAAGAGCUUCAGUCAAAAUGCAAACCUUAGAACACACCAACGAAUUCACACGAGGGAGAAACCAUUUAAAUGUAUUGAAUGUGGAAAGAGCUUCAGUCAAAAUGCAAACCUUAGAACACACCAACGAAUUCACAUGAGGGAGAAACCAUUUAAAUGUAUUUAAUGUGGAAAGAGCUUCAGUGAAAGUGGAACACUUAGGAAACAGCAGCUAACUCACACAGAGGGAAAACCUUAGAUGUAUGAUAUUUGGAAAGAGGUUCAGAGGUAGUGGAGACCUUAAUAUUCAUAAGUGAAUUCACACAGGUGAAAAACCAUAUACAGUAAAUGUAUGGAGUUUUCCACUCAGGGUAUCCACAGUUCCUGGGAAGUAAAGAUGACUGUCUUUAAAAAAACCAAACACAUCAUUUUUAUUAGAUUUUCCAAUUCAACAACCAAUAAAAUCACUUUAAAUUAUUCCAAAUUACAUCCUGAAUUAUUUAUAUGCAUAUCAGAUACUUCCAAUAUUCUGCCAAAUUAAUAGUUUCAAUUUUAGGACUUCCAAUGCUUCAAACGUGAGGAAUUUCUGAUCAACCAUUUUCCAUUGCCAUCCAUUCCAUUCUGAUGUUUUCGCAGCCUCUGAGGUAUUCCAGCAAGGGAGAUAAAACAAAUCAAACAAUGCUUUUGUGUGGGUUUAAGUCCAUAGCCAGCCUCCCUAAAAUUGCAUUGCCCCUUGACUCACUGGUAUUCUUAUUAAAUCCAAAAGUCUUAUCACAGGCAGCCGCCAUCUUCACUCAGUCCCGAUGAAAUCCAAACAUAGUUGUUAUAGCUUUUCCCACCCGGUUGCUUUGCAGUUGAACCUUUUCAGGAGAGAUUUGCCAAUCAUACUGUAUGUUCUUAAAUUAUAUUAUUUUUGAGGCUUGCCUUUCCCUUUGAUUCAGUGUUAUGCAGCCCAGAUUUUAUCUUCCAACAUGGCGGAUUUCCCAGUUAAGCAGCAUUAUUCCUCCUGGAGCCAAAGAUUUUCUGGGAAACUGUCCAAAAUUCUCUAAAGAUGAAUCAACCAGUGGCCUAGAGGUUCGGUCUGUGCCAAA